CGCGUGAGAGGCGGGACUUAACCGGGCCUCCAUCGCUUCCCGUGCCGCAGCCUGUAAUCCUUUGGGCUUCAAUACACAGACACAGUGGAUCCGGCACUCCAUUAAAACAUCUCCUUCGAAUAUAUAUCGCACUAUCUUAUUCGUUUAUCCAUCAAGUGUGAAUUCUGCGGGUUAUAAUGGAGACAUCUGGUAACUCGAGUAAGAAGCAGAAGCUGAGUAACGCGCCCGAGAGCUGGGGGAUGCAAAGAGCCACCAAUGUGACGUAUCAAGCCCAUCAUGUGAGUAGAAACAAGCGUGGCCAGGUCGUCGGCACUAGAGGAGGAUUUCGAGGAUGCACGGUGUGGCUUACAGGGUUGUCUGGCGCGGGUAAGACGACGGUCAGCAUGGCUCUGGAGGAGUAUCUGGUGUGUCAUGGCAUCCCCUGCUACACUCUGGAUGGAGAUAACAUCAGGCAGGGCCUCAAUAAGAACCUGGGCUUCAGCCCCGAAGACCGCGAGGAGAACAUUCGUCGUAUCGCAGAAGUGGCAAGACUGUUUGCUGACGCUGGGCUUGUGUGCAUCGCCAGCUUCAUUUCCCCAUACAGCAGGGAUCGUCUGAAUGCAAGGAAGAUCCAUGAAGCUGCUGGCCUUCCAUUCUUUGAGGUGUUCGUAGAUGCCCCUCUGGAUGUGUGUGAGCAGAGAGAUGUGAAGGGUCUCUAUAAGAGAGCUAGAGCUGGAGAAAUCAGAGGGUUCACUGGAAUAGACUCUGAGUAUGAGAAGCCAGAGGCCCCUGAACUGGUACUGAAGACGGAUUCUUGCAAUGUGAACGAAUGCAUCCAGCAGCUACUGGACCUCCUGCAGGAGAGGGACAUAGUUCCUGUGGACGCAUCCUACGAGGUCAAGGAGCUCUAUGUGCAGGAGAACAAGCUGGACUUGGCAAAGGCUGAUGCAGAGACUCUUCCAGCAGUGGAGAUCACUAAGGUGGACAUGCAGUGGGUUCAGGUGCUCGCUGAGGGCUGGGCUACUCCUCUGAACGGCUUCAUGAGGGAGAGCGAGUACCUGCAGUGUCUACACUUCAACUGUCUGCUUGAUGGUGGGGUUAUUAACCUGUCGGUGCCAGUGGUCCUCCCCAUCUCCGGUGCUGAUAAGGAGCGUCUGGAUGGCAGCACUGCGUUUGCGCUGGCCUACGGUGGUCAGAGGGUCGCGAUACUGCGAAACCCAGAGUUCUACGAACAUCGCAAGGAAGAGCGCUGUGCGCGGCAGUGGGGGACCACAUGCAAGGAUCAUCCUCACAUCAAGAUGGUGAUGGAGAGCGGAGAUUGGUUGGUUGGUGGUGAUCUCCAGGUGCUGGAUCGGAUCUACUGGAAUGAUGGGCUGGAUAGUUACAGGCUCACACCAACCGAACUUAAGCAGAAGUUUAAAGAGAUGAAUGCAGAUGCCGUCUUUGCCUUCCAACUGCGGAACCCCGUGCAUAAUGGCCAUGCGCUGCUCAUGCAGGACACACAUCGGCGUCUAAUUGAACGUGGCUAUCGUCGACCCGUGCUUCUGCUUCACCCAUUGGGUGGCUGGACCAAAGAUGAUGACGUGCCGCUGGCCUGGCGCAUGAAACAGCAUGCGGCUGUACUGGAGGAGGGACUGCUUGACCCCAACUCCACCAUAGUGGCCAUUUUCCCUUCACCGAUGAUGUACGCUGGCCCAACAGAGGUGCAGUGGCACUGUAGGGCCCGGAUGGUGGCUGGGGCCAACUUUUACAUAGUGGGCCGUGACCCCGCAGGAAUGCCUCACCCAGACACAGGUAAAGACCUCUACGAGCCCUCCCACGGGGCUAAAGUUCUCACCAUGGCCCCUGGACUCAUAUCCUUGGAAAUUGUGCCUUUCAAAGUGGCAGCCUACAAUAAAGCCAAGAAGGCCAUGGAUUUUUAUGACCCCAAAAAACACCAGGACUAUGACUUCAUCUCAGGAACCCGUAUGCGGAAGAUGGCUCGUGAAGGCCGGAACCCUCCGGAAGGCUUCAUGGCACCCAAAGCCUGGAAUGUUCUCAAGGAAUACUACCAGUCUUUAGAGAAGGCCUAAGCAGGUUUCCAGGUGCGGAGAGACAGGUGGAAGCAAUUCUGUUACAGUGGAAGAAGGGAAAGGAAGUUCUUGGUUUGUAAAAAAUAAAACACACACACAAUGAUUGAACACUGGGACCACCCAAAGGACUUCUUGCAAUGUUUUGGAUGUUGUUUCCUCAUUAAAUCACUGUCGGUUUCAUAGUUCAGAGUCUUAUGGCAGCAUUUUUAUAUUGUCGGUUAAAAAAAAAAAAUGUGAGUUGACUUGUGAAAGGUGCAUUUUAAGUUUUCAAUACUGUAAAGAUUAUGCCAAAUUAUGCCAUCUCUAUUCUUGUACACUCCAUAAUCACUGUAACAAUUGGAUAAAAGGUAACAUGUACAUUUAAAAUUGCCCUACUUGCCUUAAAGAGCUUUUAUUGAAACUGUUAUAUUUACAGCAUUGUUCUGGCUUUCAUGCAUUUUGAGCUCUAUUGACAGCAUUUAUGACGUAUUGUCAACAGAAGUACAACAAAAAAAUAGAUUUGGACUUUUUCUUAUUUUUUUUUUUAGAAACCCCCGGAAGUCGGUAACAUCAGUAAAGCUGAGACGCUUUGCACAAUUGGUGCAAAAAUAAAGGACUUUUUGCAUAGAGAAAUAUCCAAACAAAAGACCUAGAACAGUAGACCCACUGCACAAAUAAUGUAUUUAUUAGUGCUGUCAAACGAUUAAUCGUGAUUGGUCGCAUCCAAAAUAAAAGUUUUUGUUUGCAUAAUAUAUUUUUGUAUACUGUGUUUAUUAUGUAUAUAUAAAUGCACACAUAUACAGUAUAUAUUUUGAAAAUAUUUACAUGUCUAUAUUUACGUUUAUAUAAUUUAUAUUCUAAAGAAAUAUUUAAAAAAAUCUGAAAUAUAUACUUGAAUGUGUGUGUAUUUAUAUAUGCAUAGUAAAUAUACACCGUACACAGACGUAUAUCAUGUAAGCAAAAAUUUUUAGUUUAAUCGUUUGACAGCACUAGUAUUUACGAAUAUAAAAAUGCAAAAAUACAUUGCAAGUACACUAAUGUACACCUUUUUUUUUUUUUUUUGUCUUACCAUCAAAUAAUUUCAAUUGCUGUUGAUGGAGCUUAAUGUACUGAGCAGUGAACAAUUGUUGGAGCCAAAAUGUGUGCCUGGAUGGGACUGUAUACGGUUGUUGUGACGGUUGAUAUCAUUAGAAAAAUCCCUAUUGUUUUAUUCAACGAUUAUUCAACUGAGUGUGGUGACAACAGUAUCUUUGUCUUCAUUUUUGGCAACAUUUUAUUCUAAAACCUGGACGGCUGUUUAAGGAAUUUGCUUGCAAAGCAGAAAAACAAUUGAAAUCUGUGAGGUUUGUUUUUGAAGUUACUGGCAUUACUUUAAUAGCAUCUGUCUAAUCUGUAACAUUUCUAUCCAUAGUGUUUUGAUAUUCCUUUGUCUGAAUAUAGUGUUUUGUUGAACAAAAUUAUUUAGCUUUGUCUUUAGGUGCAUUUUUUGUAGUAUUUAUUUUUAUGAUUUUUUGUGUUGUAUUAGAAUAGAAAGAUUUUCAUGUAGAUGUUCUUCAGUUUACAAUUCAUAGUUGCCCUGUUUAUUUUUAACAGCAUUGUCCUUCUUACCUCAGUGUCUUUAAUAAACCAUUCCACCAAAAAAUACAAAAUCACAAAUAA